AUGAUAAAGCUGGGGUAUUCUCGGGUUCUUGUUUCUUGCCAUGCUCUUCUCUGCCUUUCGGCGAUUUGGGUGCUGGCCGCGGCCGAUGUACCGGCGGGCCAGCGUCCCGGCUGCCGGACGAAGUGCGGCGACGUCGACAUUCCAUUCCCGUUCGGCAUCGGCGAGGAUUGCGCGUUCAAUUUCAACCCCGGUGUUGAUACCAGCGACACUGGCUUAGAUAUCAGCGGCUUUAAUAUCAACUGCAUGACCAACGCCGGUGGCAUCGAGAAGCCUUUUGUAAGUGCUCCAUUGUCGGGUGAUAUGAUCGAGGUGACUAAUAUCUCUUUGCCUGACGGCAAGGCCUGGAUGAACGCCACGACGAUCUCAUCUCAGUGCUAUGACCCAUCCACUGGCAAUAUUACCGAGCAAAAUGGAGAGGUGGACUUCAACUUAACACCUUUCUGGAUAUCAGAAGUGGACAACGCAAUCAUCGUCAUCGGGUGCUAUACUCUCGGUUAUACGCGGAGCUCUUCUUAUGUAACAGGCUGCGCGUCCUGGUGUAAUAAUAAGUACUAUGACACGACCCUGAAGAAUGACACAUGCAAUGGUUACGGCUGCUGUCAAGCAGAUGUCCCCAAAGACGUACUGAAUUAUUAUGGCUAUUUCAACGAAGACUAUAACACCUCAGAAACAUCGAAAGACGGCAGUCCUUGCAGCUACGUGGCACUCAUAGCAAAGGCGGCUUUCAGUUUCAAAACCAGCUAUCUCAACUCCACAGUAUUCAAUGAUACAUACAAGGCUGGAGUUCCUAUUGUCCUGAACUGGCAAAUAGAAUCGUUGAGUUGCGAGCAAGCUAAGAAGAACAGUUCCUACGCCUGUGUUAGCAGCAACAGUGUGUGCGUGAACUCCACCACCAACGCGCCAGGUUACCGCUGCAAUUGCUCCGAUGGGUACAAAGGCAACCCAUACAUCACCAACGGAUGCCAAGAUAUUGAUGAGUGCCUUGAAAAUGCUACUCUCUGUGGCUCUGGAAUCUGCGAGAACACGUUAGGGCAUUACAGUUGUUCAUGCCACCCAGGAGAUUAUAUGACGAAUGACGGUUGUGUGCAAAAGCAUUUCCUUUUUCCGGCGAUGCCUGUUGUAGGUGCAAGUGUAGGACUUGUCGUUUUUGUGGUUGUUGUAUCAUGUGUCUGCUUGAUCCAAGAGAGAAAACUACAAAACAUGAAAAACGAAUACUUCCGUCGACACGGUGGUCUGAUAUUAUUUGAUGAGAUGAGGUCAACGCAAGGUAUUACAUUCAAAAUAUUCUCGGAAGAAGAAUUGCAGCAAGCCACAAACAGGUUCGCCGAACAACAAGUACUGGGUCAAGGGGGCUAUGGGACCGUGUACAAAGGGUUUCUUAAGGGCAAUGUGGAAGUAGCAGUGAAAAGAUGCAAGACUAUCGAUGAGCAACAAAAGAAAGAAUUCGGUAAAGAGAUGCUAAUCUUGUCCCAGGUCAACCAUAGAAACAUUGUGAAGCUCCUCGGGUGUUGCCUCGAAGUGGAAGUCCCUAUGCUGGUAUACGAGUUUGUCCCAAACGGCACCCUCUUCCAGCUCAUACACGGUGACCAUGGCAUGCGUAUCUCCUUGGCUACUCGCUUGGGGAUCGCUCACGAGUCCGCCGACGCUCUCGCCUACCUUCACUCAUCAACUUCGACACCGAUCCUCCACGGUGAUGUCAAGUCCUCCAACAUUCUUCUUGACAUGGACUACCAAGCUAAAGUUUCUGACUUUGGUGCCUCCAUCUUGGCACCAAUUGAUAAGUCUCAAUUCAUCACACUGGUACAUGGAACAUGUGGGUACCUCGACCCGGAGUACAUGCAAACCAACCUGCUAACGGACAAGAGCGACGUGUACAGCUUUGGGGUUGUUUUGUUGGAGCUACUCACGGCCAAAUUGCCAUUUAAUUUCAAUCCGGAUGUCCCUGCCCACGAGAAGAGCCUAUCGAUGAUGUUUAUGUAUGCCAUGAAGGAGAAUAAGCUCGACCAGAUCUUGGAUGUUGAGAUCAAGGAUGGGGAUAACACAGAGAUUCUUGAAGAGAUCGCAGAGCUAGCGAUGCGUUGCUUAGAGAUGUGUGGUGACAAUAGGCCAUCGAUGAAAGAAGUUGCGGAGAAGCUUGAUAGUUUGAGGAAGGUGAUGCAACAUCCAUGGGUGCAUCGGAACCCUGAAGAGAUGGAAUGCCUACUUGGGGAGCCCUCGUCAAUGGUCAGCUCAACAAUAACAAGUACUGAAUAUUUCAGCAUCGAGAAGGAAGCUGUUAAUAGUCAGCAGUCAGGUCGUUAA